UUGUCAUAAUACUUGAAAGCAAAAAAAAACACAACUACUCUAGAAUAAUAAAGCUUACCAAAGACACAACAAAAGCUUCAUUCGAAUCUCAUUCUCUCUCUCUCUUUUGCAAUGGCUUUUUCGAAAUCUCUUGGAUUCGUUCUUCUCGCAGCUCUUUUGAUAUCUUCAGCGGUGGCUCAGUCGCCAGCUCCAGCUCCAUCUAAAGUCGGAGGAAGACGGAUCUCAUCACCGGCUCCUUCUCCUACUACUACUACUACUUCUGCACCUGAGGUUUCUCCUUCUCCUUCUCCCGCAGUCAAUGCAUUGACUCCUGAUUCAUCCGCUUCCCCUCCUUCUCCUCCUCUUGCUGAUUCUCCCACCUCUGACUCGCCGGCUUUAUCUCCACCCAUGAUCUCCGAUUCUCCUACCGAAGCUCCUGGUCCUUCUCAGGGCGCCGCCGUUUCCAACACUUACGCUGUCUUCGGUUCUGUGGCUCUUAUCUUAACCGCCGCCGUUUUUGUUAUCUAGGUUCCGACGAACGAAGCUUCUUCUCUGAUUUGAGGAGUUUUUAUUUUAUUUUAUUUAUUUUAUUUUAAGAUAUAUACUACUACUUAUUAUGAGUUUUGCUUAGAGAGAUGACCAUGAUUCCUUAAUUUUCUCUUCAUUUUAUAUUUAUAUAUCAGGAUCUACUCCUAUGAUCGUUGUACCUAUCCAAUAUUUUUAUCUAUGAUUUAUCAGUUUUACAAAUUA